AUGUUGUCCAUAGUCGGACGAGCCCUUGGACAGGCCCCUCGGCUUCCGUACCGUCGGCUGUCGACGGUGACGAUGGCCGGGUCCUCUCAGGCCUCUCUCGCGCAAUAUGUAGGGACUCAAGUACCGCCGGUUCUUCAUGGUGACACUGCUACAUCGACGUCAGCCUCAGCUCCGUUCGUCCAGCCUGUGUAUCUGACAAUGUCAUCAUUGGUUCUACCGACUGAGGACUCUUCGUCAGCAUCGGAUAACGUGGUAGAGCUCGAUCCACACGUAUUCUCUCACCCUAUUCGACGUGAUAUCCUACACCUUUGUGUUGUUCACCACCUCGAUUCCUUGCGACAAGGAACGGCUUCUACCAAGACGCGCGGUGAGGUGCGAGGUUCAGGACGCAAAAUUCGACCGCAAAAGGGAACCGGAAGAGCUCGUCUUGGCGAUGGCCAAAGUCCUAUGCUGCGUGGUGGUGGUAUCGCAUUUGGGCCAAAACCGCGCGACUUCAGCACCAAACUGAACCGGAAGGUCAUCCAGAUGGGAAUGCGUGUCGCCCUAAGUGCCAGAGUAAAGGAGAAUUCGCUAGGCAUCGUGGAAAGCUUGGAUUGGCCUGGUGCGAAGACACGGGAGUUUGCGCGAAGAAUUGAGGAGCUCGGGUGGAAGAAGACGUUGUUCGUUUCGGGGCAUCAAUCACUGCCAGAAGGAUUGCAAAGGGCCAGUCGCAACAUGAAGCAUGUGGCGGCUGUUUCGGCGAAGGAUAUGAAGGUUUACGAUGUUGUCAAGUGGCCGCGGGUCGUGCUGGAUCUUGCGGCAGUCGAGUGGUUCGAGCGAGCAUUGAGUAAACCUGAAGUGCGUCCUCGGGCUUAUACUUUCUGA